UCAUGUGAGCCUAAAUGUAUGUAUUUAUUUAUUUAUAUAAUAAGUGGAUUAUCUCGUUUACCUUUCAAACAAUUUAACAAUAGGUUCAACACUGCAGUAAAAUCGUUUGAACAACUGAUUUUUUUCCGAGUCUGGGCAGAUGAUUGUAGUUGCUGGGUAGCUGGGUUGGGCGUUUGUGUGAGCUUUGAGGUUGCGCCAGCCUGCCCAAAGCGGCGCUGCUCUCGCGCUGGUCCAGAGCUGGUGGUGACAGUCUCAGCUCUCACAUCGCACCGGAGAUACCACAGCAGCGGAAUCCCGAGGAUGGACAUUGGAGGAUUCAUCUAGAAAAGCUACGGCGAAUUUCCGAGAGAUCUCAACUGCAAGACGUGGAUGUUUUAAGAAAUUAUUUUUGACACGUGUGGCAACGGAUUUGUGUCAAAUUCAUGGUGACAUCAUUUGUUGCAUUUGUGGGAGAAGCGGCAUCUGGAAUGUUGUAGGAUGCAAAGCACGGCGUUCUGGGCGGAGCAGUGAAGAUGAGUGUGACAUCAUGGUUCCUGGUGAGCAGCUCGGGCACGCGCCACCGGCUCCCGCGGGAGAUGAUCUUCGUGGGCCGCGAAGACUGCGAGCUCAUGCUGCAGUCCCGCAGUGUCGAUAAGCAGCAUGCUGUCAUCAACUACAACCAAGCCACUGAUGAACACCUAGUCAAAGAUCUGGGCAGUCUGAACGGGACAUUUGUGAAUGACCUACGAAUCCCUGACCAGACCUACAUCACUCUGAAACUCUCUGAUGUUGUACGCUUUGGAUAUGAUUCCCACGUUUACGUUCUGGAGAGGAGUCAGCACAAAGUCCCAGAGGAAGCCCUCAAGCAUGAGAAGUACACCAGCCAGCUGCAGAUGGGCCUGAAGGCUUCAGAGGGAAAGCGGCCGGAUAUCCUGGAUGAGCGCUCCAAACUGGAGAGGUCGGAACGCAAGAGUCUCACAGAGCCUCCAGUGCCUCGGCCCACCCCUCUAUACGGCCAGCCCUCGUGGUGGGGUGAAGAGGAUGCUGGGAACAAGAGCCAGCCCGGUGACGGGCGGCAGCCAGAGGACAGCCACCCAGACAUCCCCAAAGAGGUCUCAUUGCCUGGGGAUGGCAAGGUGAACGGUGCCCUCCCAGACUACCGGGACCUCCAGGGCAAGUCUGUGUCUUUCCCUUAUCACCGGGAGCCCAGCUACUUCGAGAUCCCCACCAAGGAGUUCCAGACGUCCCCCCCGCCGGCGCCCCCCGUCCACCACGGCAAACCCCCGGCCCAGGAGCUCAACGAGAUCCCCACCAAAGACACGGACAGCCCCCCUCCCACCGCCACUCCUCCGGUUGUGCAGAGCCACGCGUCCUUCACCAUCGAGUUUGAUGAGUGUGCGCCGGGCAAGAUCAAGAUCAAAGAUCAUGUGACCAAGUUCUCGUCACGCCCGCGCGGCAAGACGCACCCCAAGCCGCUAUUGGCCACGCCCACAGAUGUGAUGUCAGCCGAGAGCAAGGUGGCCGAUUGGCUGGUGCACAGUGACGUGAGCAUGAUGCGGAGACGGCCCACCUGUGAGGAUGUCUACAGCACCAAGAGUGACCUUGCCAUGAACCUCAAAACGCUCAAAGGACAUCACCAUGACGACGGCACCCAGAGCGACUCAGAGGACCCCGUUCUGAAGGGGAAGAGGAGCAAAUCUCACCACUCCGUCCAGUCACAAGAGUCCGUCCCAUCACACCUCUCAGUGCCGACAUCAGAGCCUCCCCCAUCCCACCAGCCCAAUCAGCUGUCUCCACCCAAACUGGCUCCACCCUCCCCCGUGGCCCCUCAGGCACUGGUGUGUCUGUCCCCACAAGAGGUCCCCUCGCCCACACAGGGACGUCAGACUCCUACCGAACCCCCCAGCCAGCAGGCCUUCGUCAUCGAGUUCUUCGACGACAACCCGCGCAAGAAGCGCUCUCAGUCCUUCACGGCGAAUCCCGACUCGUACUCCGCCCUCCGGGCCAAGCUGGAGCGCCGGAAGGGCAGCGGCCACAGCGGGGAGCGGCCCGCCUCGGUGCACGGCCACCUCCCUCCCACGCAGCAGAUCACCGUCCCCCUGAAAGGCUCCGCCCAUGCCCACCCCCCAGGCCCACAGCGCUCCAGCUCCCUGAAGCGGGAGAAGACAGAGGAGGCGCCGAGCAGCGGCAGUCACUCCCCUUCGCCACCAGGCCCCGUCUCCCGUCCCGCUCACAGGCAGUUUGGGAGUGCCGGCAGGAAGUCCAGGCUGGCUCAAGACUUUGCUGCGGAGCUCCUCAAGGAGAUACCUCCCCCUCCCAUGUCAGCGCCCCCUGUGAUGACGGCGUGCCCCUCCCAAAUUCUUCUGCCCUCACCAGGGGAUCUGGGUGGCCCUGUCUCGGUUUCUUACCCCACUUCCCCCUCUCAGUGCACUACUUACCCCUCCCGUACUGCUGCUCCACCCUCCCCACCUGUCCCACAGGAAGUCCCCGUGCCAACUUCCUCUCUUCCAGCUGAGCCUGCCCAGCUCCCUCCUAGCAUUAGCAUUACUGAAAGCUUUAGCAUUAGCACAAGCGUUAGCAUCAGCAUUAGUGGCAUGGAUCCGAGAACAUCACGUGCAGUGAGGACAGAAGAGGAGGACAGCUUGAGCGAUGCAGGGACCUACACCAUCGAGACAGAGUCCCAGGACAAGGAGGUGGAAGAGGCCAGGAGCAUGAUUGACCAGGUGUUUGGUGUGCUGGACUCACCUGAGUACAGUGGCCCCACACUGGGUGUGACCCGACCUGUGAUCGAGGAUGGCAGGGAAGAGCAUCCUGUCACUCAUAGCACCGCUGAUCUCGCUUCUGCCACCGUUCUAGGCCUAAGCAUGCCCAAACACAGCCCUGAUCCAGAACAGGCACAGGCAUCCCAGAGCAGUCCCAAAUGGGUGUCCCGCUGGGCUAGCUUAGCUGACAGCUACACAGAGCCUGGAGCCCCAGGUACAACCCCACAGAUGGAGCCAGACAGAGAUGGAAGGAUGCCACACUCCAUGAUGUUGAGCCAGAAUAUAGAUAUGUCUGAGGCCGAGGGCAGCCAGGGAUCCCGCACACGGCGUCUUCUGCCCCAAGUACCCCCAGGGGACAAAUCUGAGAGUCCGACCCCCUGUGUUCUAAUCUGCCAUGACCCCUAUCUCGACCGUGAACCCCCUGAACGUGGCUCGGGGACACCAUCUCAGCAGGACUCUUCCCAGAUGCUUCGUGUUCAGGACGACGUCGACCCUGACAGCUUGAGCGACACCAGCCGCUCGGAGGAUGGAUCCAUCCUGGAGAGAAAGAACCGGAGGGGGGCAGCUGGCUCACUGUCCUCCCCAGGGGAGAGCAUGCCAUGGGGGCUAGGUCAUGAGCUGCCAGCACAGACACCCAAAUCCACUUCCUUCUACAUUGGGUCUGACGAUGGCUCGCAAGGUAAACCGGAACCAUCUAGGAGCCCACUGUCAUCCCAGUCUGAGAAGGACCCCUCCCCCCGGACCACCCCCACCACCGUCCUAAUCCGGCACCUGAGUGGGCAGGAGCCACGGCGCACCGUGAAGCCCAACUCCUCUGCCCCGAACCUCCAGACCCACGACAGGGACUUUGUGCCCACCAAGGACACCGCAUUAGCCUCUGGAGCAUUUGUGCGGCAGGAGAGCUUCACCAAGGAGCGCCCGACUGACAAAGUCCAGGUCAAGAGGCUGCCGCACAUCUCAAGCCACCCCACCCUGAGAGACCUGGAGCGGGCAGAAGCUAACCAUGAACCCCAGGCCUUCCUCCAGGAGGCAGAGAGGCUUUUCAGCUCCCCAGAGGACAAGCAUUCAGCUCGCGGCGGCAAGAGGGGUCAGGGAGACGAUUCGAUGUCUGGGGAGUCUGAUGUGGAUACAGCUAGUACGGUGAGCAUGGUGAGCAGUAAGAAUGCUCCAGUGACAGCCCCCAAGAAGCGCCCGGCCGGCUCCGGACUGCAAAAGGAGCGAUCAACAGCAUCCAGGCAGCCCACGGCUCGGGAGCGUCUGUCAGAGAAGCGCCGGAGCCACACCACCACAGCUGACAGUGGCGCUAAAGCUGAAGCUGGAAAACGUUUGCAUCUUCGCCGGAGUGCCGGGAACCGUGGUUCCCUGGAUCUUUCAGAGGGCCAGCAGAACCAUGCACAGAACCACUGGGUUGAUGCCGCUUCCUCCUCUGACCAUGAGUCCGGUUCCCGUGCUGCUGCCCGAAAGAGGCACAGUGCCCCCCCGCUGAAGGACGACGCACCCAGCAAGGCCCACCCAGUGGCACCCAGUAAGGUCGCUCCGCAGGUUCUGACCCGAUCCAACAGCCUCUCUGCACCACGGCCCACUCGGGCCUCCAUGCUGAGACGCGCCAGGCUCGGCGAGACCUCCGAUAACGAGGGAACAGAAACAGACCGGGCCUCCCAGAGUUCGGACCAUGGUAAAACUGCAUCGGAUGCCAAGAAACUGUCUCGGCUCGACAUCCUGGCCAUGCCACGGAAAAGGGCUGGUUCCUUCAAUGCACCAAGUGACAAUGAGUCCUCCUCUGGCAGGGCCGUGCCGUCCACCCGCACGUCUGAACCCACUGGUGGUUCACGCAAGACAGCACCGGGAGAGCCUAAACAGGGGAUGAGCAAGAUAGCAUCAGCAGCCGCAAAGCUCCCCUCCGCCCGUACCCGAUCUAGUACAGCAAAACACACCAAUGCAGCAGGAGCCCGUCGGAGGCAGAAGGGCUCAGACUACUCCUCCACCUCCGAGGAGGAGCAGGAGUUGGUGAGCUCCAGCAGCCAGAAACACAAGCGCUCCCACGCUUCUGCCUCCACGCAGACCACCCAGGCCGCAAAGAUCACUCCGGUCCGCUCCAAAUCGAUCUCACUGGAGACUGAGGAAGAGGAGGCCCAGAAUGAGCAUUUCCAGAACUGGUCCACACACAGUGCAGAGAUAGCCAGGUUGAGUCAGGACCUGGCCAAAGAUCUGGCGAUUCUUGCACGUGAGAUCCAUGAUGUUGCAGGAGAUGGCGACUCCCAGAGCUCUGGCAUGGGCACAACCACUUCCCCAAAUUCCAUGCCCAAUACACCAGCCUCUACCAUCUCGGCCCGUGAGGAAAAGCCAUAUGCAUCAUUGCAGGGGGUCCUGUCAUCCCAGUUGGUACAACACAUACCAGAGGCCAGUCUGAACUACCAGAAGGUUCCACCAGGUGCUCUCAGUCCCUUGGAGCAAGAUUCCAACAUGAAUGAACAAGAAUCUAAGCGACGGCCCUGGAAUAGGGAAGAGGUCAUUCUUGACAAUCUCAUGCUGAACCCUGUCUCACAGCUCUCCCAGGCUAUUCGAGAGAACACCGAGCAACUCACAGAGAAAAUGAAGGUCAUGUUCCGCAACAAGACGGAGGUGUGGGAGGAGAUUGAGGCAAAGAUCAAUACUGAAAAUGAAGUCCCUAUCCUGAAAACAUCCAAUAAGGAAAUCUCUUCAAUCCUGCAAGAAUUGAGGAGGGUUCAGAGACAGUUAGAGGUCAUCAACAGCAUUGUUGAGCCCACUGGAAGCCCCAAGAUGGCCGCCGCUGCUUCCCCCACAGUAGUCACACCCAGACACGCUUCCAAAGCCAAGUCCCCCUCAAAGGCCCGGCAGACCGCCAGUCCCUUCACCAGCCCCUCCACACCCAAUGCCAACGAAAGAACCAAGAGGGGCACUCGUGGCAAAGAUGACCAGAAGUUCUUGGUCUGAUGCAGUCUGUGUCAAGUCUUCGAGUGUUGGGUAGUAUGAGUAAUGCUGUAUUUAAUGCAAAAAAAAAAAUGCUGACAUGUUGCACAAGCUUUGAAGGCAAAACUGUACGUACAAAAACAAAACAGCUAGAGCUUGUUUGCUUUGCUUAGCUUAAACAAAUGUAUUGAUGUCCACAUGCCUUGUGUGAUUGGUGUCCCUUUGGUGAAGUGAGAGGUUGGUCUUCAGGAGACCCAUGGAUGGGCUCCCAGUUCCAUAGUAUGAGAACCAUUUUGUGCUACACCUGUUGUGUUCUGUGCUAUGACUGCCACAGCAUAGAUAACGUUGUGUCUAUUGACGUGAGAUGUACUGUAUGGAAGGUGGUGGGACGCUGCAAUACUAUGGUCCAAAACAGUGUAGCAUACCAGAGUGAUCGAUGCGUGUUUACUAUUAUUUUUCUUCAUUCAAUUGCGCAAGGGUAUAUUCACUGACUUCUAUACAAAAGGAAAAAGUAAAAAUGAUGGAUUAGAGUUUUUGAAUGUGGUUGCCAGGAAUUAUGUUUAAUCCCUAAAGCUUUUUUUUUAAUGAAUGUUGUGAUGUCGAUUGUCAUGCUAGCGCUUGGAAAUAUGCCUUCCGGAACUUACAACCUUGCUUGGAGCUGUACAGUUUAGGUUUAGAAAAGCCCCUGGAAAUCAGAGUGAUUCCAAUAAUGAAAAUGAAAAUGUUCACUGUGAACUCGGCGGCACAGGCUUAGUCAAUGGCUGUGCAUUCCUGAGUGAUUUCCCCCACAGAAUCUAGAGAAAUUCACAGACUUGUGUAGAUCAGCAUCAGCUGUACACAAUCACAUAUGGUGUAAUGUCACAAAUCCAACUUGAACAGAAAGAAUUACUUGAACAAUCAGGCAGUUCACGCAUCUCUCACAUCUCUGAUGUUUACGUUUGUGUAAAAUACGAUGUGACCAAGAGACAACUGAGGAUACUUUUGUGCUGUGUGUUUUGAGGUGGCUCUGCGCGAAAGGGAUGCUUGCUGAAUGUUUGUCCGGUUUAGACUUGAAUGUGCAGUACUGUUUCGUGAUUUUGACAAUGAGUCCAGAGGGCAAACGGGUCUUCUCCUUUUGCAUCCUUAGCAUUCCAGAUGCAGAGACUAUUAGCAUGUCGGCUAUACCCAUACACUGAAACUUCGAGUCAUAUCAGGCAAUACAGACUAAAUUACCCAAGGGACUGCAUUUGUGAUAAUUUUACUCCAAGUUGACAUGAACGUCUGUUUCGUUUAAAUGAAAAAGGGGGCAUCUGUGGCCCAUGUCACUGAUCUGAUUUAAGGGGCUUGUUACUUAGUCCAAAUGGCAACAGACGAAAUCUGUCUGCUCAUAGCUAGGCUCUUCUCCCUGGCAUUGUUCCAUAUACAAAUACUUAAAUUAGAAUGUAUUAGGAUGUUGUAGGCCAAUAACUGAUGGCUUCUACGGUAGUGAUACAGCCAGUAGUGGUGAUGUUUAUAUAUGAAUUUGUUUUACAGUCUACUGAACUGAAGUAUUGUACUUGGAAAAAGGCAGAUAAAUAUCCCUGGUGUUCUGAAAGUUGAUUCCAUGCUCCAGGAGAAGCAUGGCCGCUGUGCUCUAAACUGAAAGCCUCAUUUUUUCAUUUCGAUAUUUUACUUGUCUUUCACAAUUGUGUUUUCUGUUAUUCAAGGUAUUGUAUUUUGGUUAGGGUUAUCCGUUUUCAUUGCCCAGAGAUACAGUUCUCUCCAUGCAUUGCGCUGUAAACGCAUAGUUGCUGUUUCACUUGCAGUGCAGUUCACUAAAACUGCAGUUUAGUUACAGUCAUAUCAGAUGUUUAUAAUGCAUAUCAUUCUGGUUCCUUCCCAUUUCACAUUUGUGUUCUUGUGUGUCAAAAUGAUUUUCUGAAAAGAAUCCAGUUCUUUCUCCUGCACUCUGCUACAUUGCUCUUCUCAUUUGGGCCUUUGUUCAGAUGUCUUAAGUCUGAAACAAACUGUUUUUUGUCUCAUGCUGUAUGCAAACCAGAAGUAUUAGGACAUUUUAUCAACACUUAUUACCAACUUCUGUCUGCCACUAAAGCAGUGGUGUCUAUGGACAUAGUGUGAGCUGAACUGUGUUGCAGUUAACCCCUGCUAUGUGCAGAUACAGAUGGGGUUGUGUGAUUGUGUUUGGUAAAACAGCAUAUAAAUGUAUGUGUACAAAAAAAAAGAAUAACAAAAAAAAACGAACAAACAAUAUUUUGUCCGAACUGCAUGUGAACCAUAUGUAGUGUAGCUGGGUGAGGGUUUUGGCUAGAUCACCAAAUGUGCACUUUUCAUUUGAAAAAAAAAUACAAAAAAUACAAAAAUACAAAAUAAUCUAUACACCUCAAAAUCAGCAGGUGAAAGUUGAAAUGUACACAGGAAUAAAUCUGGAUGAGAAGUGGCUGAAAUAUAGGUUAUGCACCAUUUUAGACGUUCAAAAGGGCAGGCUUUUAGCGUACUGUUGAAUCACUUAUAGGUUUCUGUCACUUUUUUUAUGCAUACAUUUAAGUAUAUCCUGGUGUCAAGUGGAAUCUUUAGGUCACUGAUGCUGCCACUGCUUUUUUUCAGCCAGUAGUAAGCAAGAAUGUAGUAAUCUAGUUCAAAACCGACAUCUGAUUGGCUAUACAUGAAUUCAUGAGCUGCUGUUGUGAUGACAUCACCUGGUCUACUAUUUCUUUCAGUGCAUGGAACUCAGUACUAAGCUUUCUUAGAGAACAAAACACAUACUUACGUAUGUAAACCAUGUGACCAUGUAAUACAAGAGUGUAACCAACUUGGCUCACAUUGUUAAACAUUAACUUCCUAAUAUUCUCUGUAUUUAAUGAUUAUUUUAUAUGGAAUAUUACCUUUUUGCCAUUCUUAUGUUACAUAUCUCCACCUGCACCAUUUAGAAUGUAUUUAAUUUUUGUAUCAUCUCAUUUGUAAUAAACAGAUUUCAGUCAUAAA